AUGACACGUAAUAAAUUGAUAGAGAAGCUUCAAGUCCCUCAAAGGGAGGAAGAAGCGGAGGUAUGGCAACAAUCACGAUGGUUAAACAGAGAUAACGUACCAUUGCCUCCUUACCGUCGAUCAUGGGGAGCUUGGUCUUACGUUGGAUACUGGUGCGCGACCGGUAUCAAUAUCAGUGGAUGGACAGGUGGCUCCUCGCUUUUGUCUUUGGGCUUAUCAGUUGGCGAGGCUAUGGCUGUCGUAGUCAUCGGUCAAUGUCUCGUGGCCGGUGCUUGUGUCCUCACAGGUUUGUUUGGUGCUGAGUGGCAUGUCGGCUUUCCGCUCUGGAACAGAGCGACAUGGGGUAUGAAAGCUUCGUUCUUCCCUUUACUGAAUCGAAUUGCUUUGUCUUUCACAUGGUCAGCCACCCAAGCUUGGUUCGGUGGUCAAGUUUUGAAAACUCUCUUGGGCUCAAUCUUCCCUUCGAUCUACAACAUGCACAACCCAUUUCCCGUAUCCACCGCUAUGGAUGGCGCAGACUUCAUGUGUUUCCUUCUCUUCUUGCUCAUCUCUAUACCAUUCAUCUAUAUCCCUCCUGAGCACUACAGAAUCCCAUUCCUCUUCACCGGUGCUAUUUCUACCAUUGCCUGUUUCGCCCUAUUUAUCUGGUCUCUCGCUCGAGCUCACGGCGGAGGACCUUUGAUCGGAAGCGAGGCAAUGGCUAUAGUAGGUGUAGAAAAGGCGAGAGGAAGUGCUCUGGGUUGGGCGAUGGUGUACGGUAUCUCCAGUCAGAUGGGUCAGAUCUGUGCUGGUAUACUCAAUAAUUCCGACUAUACCAGAUUUGCCGUUCACCCUCGUGCCCAGAUCAUCUCACAAGUAGUCGUUAUUCCAGUUAUGGGAGUUCUGACUUGCCUUAUCGGUAUUAUCUGCACUUCUGUGGCUGCCCAAUUCUAUCCAGAAGAAGGUCUACUCUGGGCGCCGUACGACCUGCUUGCCGCCGUUCAAAAGAACGGUGGCCGUGGAGCGAGAGCUGGUGUAUUCUUCGCAUCUCUCGCGUUCUUAUUCGCCCAGUUUGGUAUCAACAUUGCCGGUAAUGCUAUUUCUGGCGGUAUCGACCUGGCAUCUCUUUUCCCUAAAUGGGUCAACAUCCGUCGUGGAGCUUACUUUACUACACUCAUGGCACUUCCUAUGUGCCCCUGGGCACUAGUAUCAGGUGCUACUGUGUACAUUUCUGUCAUGUCUGGCUACGCAACCUUCUUGGCCCCGAUGACCGGUUUGAUGGUUUUCGAUUACAUCUUCAUUCGAAAACGCCAGAUCAAGCUCUCCGACCUCUAUCAAUGUAACCCAAGCUCGAUAUACUAUUACUACAAGGGUGUCAACCUGCGAGCAGCUAUCGCCUGGGUAUGUGGUGUGGCACCAUGUUUCCCAGGAUUCUUGGCUAGCGUAUCUACAGUUAAGAUCCCUCUCGGAGCUACCUACGUCUACUACCUUUGCUGGCCUCUUGGCUUCACUAUCUCUGGAGUUGUGUUUGUCAUUCUUUCAAAGAUCUGGCCUCCUAAUGGAAUAGGGGAAGUAGAUGGGUACGAUUAUUUCGGUACUUUCGGCGAACCUAACGGUCCGAGCCCAAUCGGGACUGUCUUACCGGAAGAUGGUACGGACAAAGACGAGCCAGCGCUCGUACAUGCUAUCCCUCUCAGAGAGUAA